AGGCGUGGAAUAGCAUGAUACAGGCCCUUAAAAAAAUUAUUGAUUUCUUAAAUUCCCACUUUAUAACAUGGGAGUCAAGUUGCUGCUUUUGGAAGCCAACCUCCAGUGGUCAUAUGAGGAAUUGCAACAUUUGGUUCUUACUGGCUGGCUCACAAAAGGGUGGAGUUUGCUUCACGUGACUGCUCAACUUCAGAAUUGGAGGAAAUUUGUUUUUAUUUCGAGAUGUCAGUCUGAGAAACUAAGGAGGUUCAGGCUGACCUGAAGUCAACGAGGCAGAUGGCCACCUCCAACAAAAAGUUUGAAGAAACUUUAAUAUGGAGUAAAAAGAGCAAAAAAAGAGGUAAUCUACAUUUAAUCUUCCUGAGCGGAUUAUUUGCUGUAUCUGAAACUGGAAAAUAGGUUUUAUUGAAAGUUUUUUCAGCUGGAUAAGAGUGGAGGCUCACAUUUGAACUGAUGUUUUGAUCCUGACUGAGACUCAGAAGAAAUUUGAAGAGUUUCCAGAAGAUUUUUAAGCAAUUAUGAAAACCCCUUCAGAAGAUGCUGAUGAUAUUCUACAUUAUUUCAUAGUGUGUUUCUAUCAGUGAGGAAACUUGCUCCCAACAUCAGCAACAGAAGACCCUGAGAGAUCAGAGCAAACAUCUCAUAACUGGAGUUAUGUCAAGUUUUUUUUUUAUUUUUUUUAAGAGUUAUGUCAAGUAACUACAUUUCUGGGAAGAUGCAUUAAAGAGAGGCAUCGGCCCCCCCUCCAGCCCUUGUGGGAGUGAUUGUUCACCAUCAAGAGAAGAGAUUAAACUCUAAAGGGAAGGUCUUCCACCUUGUCAGCACAAUAUUUAAUGCUUGCUUAGAUGUUGCUUUUAAAAUAAACAAUUGUUCAGUGCGAAGUAAUUUAAAGAACUUCCUGUCGAGCAGUGCCGUGAUGCUGCUCGCCUAUAAUCUCAUGAGAUUAGGCUCCGUUAAUCCUGCCAGCUGGACCCGGAUCACACAGAGAAAUAUGUUUCCGACACGGACAAGUUUCCCCUCGGACCUUUCUGUCACUCCCCACUCAUCUACAACGUGACAUUCUAGCAGGUUCAUCUUUGAAUCAUUCACUAAUGGUUCCACCCGAGUGGGUUGACACUGCUUUACCCAUAAUGCCCGGCUGCAGCACGAGGAAUGAAUUUAGGUUUGUUUUUGACCCAGAGUGAGCUUCAUCUGCAGAUUGUGGCGCUCCUGUGACCUGAGAUAAAGCGAAGAUUAUUGAGCUCACUUCACAAUUUUGGGUCAGAAAAAGAAUAGAAAUGUGAUUUAAUUUAACAGCAAAAAUACAAAAACAAGUGAACAUGCUGUCCUAAUACUACCAUCAUGCUACCAUGACUGUUUACUGGAAACCUGGACUCCAACAGUGUGUGGUUCAGUUUUUGUUCCAUCCUGAUGGAUGUGGUGAAAGAAGUGAGGCAGCGUGGGAAAAAGCUGUGAACUGAAGGGGGGGCUGGCACUUCACAAAGAGAAGGAGGAGGAGGAAUGGGAGCACACAGGAUCAUGUGAUCGCUGUUUUACAUUUGACAUGACUGAGGCAGGAGGAGGUGAACAUUGCUGCUGCUGCAGGGAGCAUGAAACUCCCCACAGACUGAAAUACAGCAGGAGCGGAGCACAUCAUAAGGCGCUCAGAUGGACUACGUGGACCACAGGAUGCCCAGGAGCCCCCCACAUCACACCACCACCACCACUGAGAGGAUGCUGAAGUCUGCCUCGGCACAUGCAGAGCUGCAGCAGCACCGCUCAGAGAGCCUCCAGCGGAGGGGGGCUCCGCUCUCCGGCGGGAUCCCCCCACCUGAUUACCUGGACAGAGAUGAGGACGGAGAGCUAAUCAAACCCAGGAAGCUGGUGAAUCCAGUCAAGUCCUCCAGAAGCCACCAGGAGCUUCAUCGUGAGCUGCUGAGCAGCUGCAAACGAAGUGGGGCGAGUGUGGAGACGAAGCCAGAGCUGCAGAGAGUUCUGGAGUCCCGGAAGAGAGAACAGCUGAUCCGACAGAGAAAGCAGGAGGACGAAGCCCGCCGGAAGGUUUCCCCUCUGGAGGCCGAGCUGCAGAAGAGACACAAGAAGCUGGAGGAGCUGGAGCGACAGCAGGAGCAGCAGCAGCAGGAAAACCUGAAAGCUCCAGAGUUCGUCAAAGUCAGAGAGAACCUGAGACGGACAUCCUGUCACGGCAAAGAGGAGAAGGAAGUCUAGCAGACGCCGAAGAUGUCCGCAGGAGGACAUCACAAUUACGAGUUAACAGGCCACUAACACACUGAGAGAAGACUGAGAUGAGGAGCUGGCAGAAGAAGAGGAAAUGCUCCUCAGGCUCACGGUGUGAGGAGACUCUGAGGACAUGCUGGCGACAUGAGGAGCACAGACAGAGCUGGAGACAGCAUCAACGCGCCAACAAGACAAUCAGAGAAACUGCAGACGCUGCUGAUCAGAGACUGAUCAAUCAUGGAUGACUACAUCCUUGAACUAAACUAUAAGUUUAGAGCAAAACCAUCAGCAGUUUGGAACAUUUAAUGACACAAAACUUCAGAAAAGAAUUUUGUGUGCUUCAGUUCAUCUGUGCAGAGCUCAAACUCUGGUAAACUGCGAUGCUCGGAUAGGAUCACAGAGUAGAAAAAGUUCCGUCAACAUGAGCGGAACAGGCAGAAGAUCCAGGCAUACUGGUUUGUAGAGGCUGAACUGGAGAACUUUUGAUAGUCAGAGCUCUGAAAUGAAAGGAAACUGAACCUUAAAGCUGAUGGAGGUCCACGGGUGAAAAAAGAGAGAAAGUGCAGAGUGACGAAACACUCUGUAAGUACAGGAUCAACGUGUUCUGAAAAAUGCAAUGGUUCUGCAGGACAUGCUGUCUUCAGAACGUUCUAGAGCAGUCUAUUCAGAGAAUCGGCUGGAGAAGGGAAAAAAAUUAAAGCAGUAUUUAGCAGAAACAAUCCAGUUCAUCCAUCCAUUUUUGUAACCCGCUAUCUCCCUUUUGGGGUCACGGGGUUGCCAGAGCCGGACCCAGCUACUGUUGGGCAAAGUCUGGGUAUACCCCAGACAGGUCGCCAGUCUGUCGCAGGGCCAAUCCAGUUCAGACACAGUAAUUCUUCUUUAGUCUACCUUCAACAUAAAGUGGAACGUUCUAUCCCGAGGAACAAAAUUUGAACAGGAAACAAGCUUUGAUGCUGUGUGAGAGGACCGUCCUCUAGGUUCAGAAGAUGUCAACUAAACAUCACAUAGUUAAAAAAUAAAAUCAGGAGUUUGUACUGAAAAACAAGAACAACUUGAUGACUCUUCAAACUAUUGUCCUCCUAUUCUGACUCUUCCCUUUCCAGACUAAUUUGUCCACAAUGAUCCAGGUCUGAGCAAAGGUGCUGCUGUUUCUGGCCCCAAACAGCAGGUGGCGGUAUGCACUUUUUGUUUUUUUUAAAUUAAAUUAAAUGAAAAUAUUAUUUUUUUUUUUUUACUGUUUCUUACUAUUAAUGAAAGUACUUUUGGACACAUGAAAAGAUUUUUCUUUUACAUGAGUUUUAUUUUUUUUGCUCUAUGGACUGUCUUGUGAAGCAUAAUGUUGUUUGCAGUUUGGUUCACAUUGUGGUUUCACGCUGAGUCGUUUAAAGCGAUUGACAUGCAGCACGGGGUAAAUGUCAUUAUCAUAAUGAAGGCAAUAUCAGAAAAAUAUAAUUUAUGUUUUGUUUACAACUAAAUAAUACUCAGCUGUUCCUGAACCCUUCAAUGUGUUAUGGUACUAGAUAACAAAACUUUUUUCUGUUUCUUUAUCUGUCAUAUUGUUUGUAGAGUGCCAUAUUUAAUAAUAUUACAAACGAUAAAUAAAGAUAUAAUUUAUAUUGGGCUUUUUA